AGUAUAUGGCAUUUCAACCUCGUAACUUGCCUAAAUUUCUCCUCCUCCUUGUUUUCUUACAUCUAAUUUUUGCCACUUUUAGGAAUAUUUUAACUCGAACAAUAAGUUUCAAGAAUUUGUAUGACACUAUGGUUUAUGUGUGUAACUAUAGGGAAUUUGCAUGCUAAAAGAAACAUUAUGGGUUCUUGUGGAUCGUCUCAUGUCAAGCCCAACAGAACGGGGAAAAAGAUAAUAAGAAAGCCAAAACCAUGGAAGCAUCCACAACCAAUAACAAGAAGUCAAUUGAUGCAGCUCAGGGAAGAGUUUUGGGACACUGCUCCUCACUAUGGUGGCAAGAAAGAAAUAUGGGACGCGCUUCGUGCUGCUGCUGAAGCAGAUCUAGAGCUAGCUCAAGCAAUUGUAGACAGUGCUGGAAUCAUUGCCCAAAAUACUGACAUGACCGUUUGUUACGAUGAAUCAGGUACCAAAUAUGAACUACCAAAGUACGUUUUGAGUGAGCCAACAAACAUGAUAAGAUUUGGUUGAAAUUUUAUUACAUGAAGAAAUACAAGUCAAUUCCACAGUACAAUUGAAGCUUUGGUCUUGGUGCAUAUGUAGCAAAAUCUAUAAGAACCGAUUCCCUUUUUUUACCAUUUAUAGUCCAAAAUUUUCUAGAAAUAUUAGGAGUUGGGACUCAUCGUUACGGUAUUUGGUUUACAAUUUAUCAGAACAUUGGAAUAAUUGUGAGAAAUCAGAUGACAAUUCCAAACUUUUUGUUACG